AUGACUGAUAUCAAACUUUUCUACCAUCCAGGCGCAUGCUCCCUGGCUCCACACAUCCUCCUUCAAGAAUCUGGAGUCCAAUUCCACACCCAAAAAGAAACCAUCGGCCAAUUCUCACCAGAACUCUUAGCUCUAAACCCCAAAGCUCGCGUCCCCGUUCUGAAAAUCGACAAUGCCACUAUAACCGAGAAUCUGGCCAUCAUGACCGCCAUCUCCAAUCUGGUCCCCGAGAAACAAUUCCUAGGUGCGCCUGAUACACUAGAAACCGUCCGGGUCGCCGAGUGGAUAGCCUGGCUCUCGGGGACGCUGCAUGGAAAUGCAUUCGGCUUGCUCUUUAGGCCUGCUCGAUUUACGGAUGAUGAAAGCUGUUUUGACUCUCUCAAGCAAAAGGGGCGGGAACUUGUGCGGGAGUGCUUUGAGAGCAUAGAGAAGAAGUUGGUUGGUGUUCAUGCUGUUGGGGAGAGAUUUACGGCGGUCGAUGCUUACCUCCUUGUGUUUUAUCGCUGGGGUGGCGAGGUUGGGUUCGAUAUGAAGAUGUUGUAUCCCAAGUAUGCGGCAUUGGCAACGGAGGUGUUGGCAAGGCCGUCGGCUGUUUCGGCACUUGCUGCGGAAGGGCUGAAAUCUAACUAA